CUCAGCAGAAGGAAAGCUGAAGUCAUGGUCACAAGGACGGCUUGCGAGGUAGCAGUGCGGUCGCAGCCAAACCCUUUCAGCUGGGCUGAAAUCGAGCAUGAACCCAAGGUUCAACGGUGCUGCAUUGGAAGAAGCUUCCGCUCGACUGAGUAUGAAAUCUUACACACCGGCGGAUUUGUUCGACUUUGCACAGAGCGUGGGAGGGUCUACUGGCUAGCGCAGAAUGAGAAUGACCAUCGCCUCCCCGACUGGAAGAUUCACUUUUCAGUCCACCUUGCAGACAUACCCAGGGCUUGGAAUAUUCUUACGGACCUUUUCCUCAAAGAAGCCUGCGAUUUUGGGAUGAAGGCCGUGGCAGGCGAGGCGUUUGACUCUUGGCCUCCAGAACAGCGAGGUCGUGAAAUUACUGUCUAUAUUUUUCAGAAUCACACUGCGUACAAUGGCGGUGGUCCGAUGAUGGGUUACUGCCCAGGAAACGAGCACAACUUCUGGCUUGGCCCCGAGUUUGAGCGACAAGCUGACUUUUGGGCAAAGUUUGUUGAAGAAGCGGAGAGGCUCCUAUCAGCUGCCAACAUUCAAAGUCGUGGUGUGGCAACGGGUGACUUAAAACUGGGCCGAUAUGCUUCCCUGCGCAACGAGGCUUUUAUAUUUGAGCCUGCCACUGGCCUCUACAUCUAUCCUCCAAACAAAUGUGGUUGGCAACCCCCAGAAGCAAGUCAACAAUCCUUGCGAAUCAGGGAAUGCUGUGGGGCAUGGAAGCCCUGUGCACUUGCCACUGAAGGGCCGCCUAGAGAUGGCAUGGCGACAAGGCCGACUUCGAUUGAGAUGUGCGACUUGCUCCAAGCGGCGGCACUAGGCCACACUAGGCCUGCUCUAUGUACAGGGCCCUAACAAGCCUCCAAAAGCCCCUGAUAGUUAAAGUGGCUCGGUGAACUGUUUCGUUUCGGUCCUGGCUGAAGCAUUCUUUUUCGCACCCUGACAGCUGCUUGCCGGUGCAUCAUGCAGAAGCUGCUGGCAACACCGGGCUCAGACCAUGUGCAAAAGGUGUCGG